AUGUCUCAUCUAUUUUCGGCUCUCGCUGAUGCCAUCGCUCAACAAUCCAAGGAGUCACUUACAACGAAUCGUGGCAGGUCACUUUUGUCGUACUGUGCCUCACCAUUUGCUACCAUGUGCAUGUUGACUGCCAUGAUCCUUAACCGGAUUGUCAUAUUUGCAUCUUCACGUCGAAUUAAGACGCUUCCAAGAAUUUCUAGGGUGCUUCUACGACUUGUGGCCAUCUACGCACUAAUUCAAGGCAGCUAUGGCUUAUUUGUCUCCAUGAAAAUGUACUCCUCAUCGUCCUUUAUACCCUCUUACUUUGAUUUUGAUAGGAAUACGUUCAAGACAAAACAAUUCUUGGGUCUUUACUAUAGCUCGACAUAUUUUGAGAGGCACUCCACUGUCAAUGGUGCCCAAUACCUUUUUGAAGGUCCAAGCACGGUGGUUUUCCGACCUUUCUAUUUGUCCUUGUGUCUUAGUCAGAUUCUUGAGACAUUUAUAGGAGUUACAAGCGGUAAUAAACCUUGCAUGGAAACCUCAUUAACUCUAUUUGAAUAUUCAUUGGCUUUCCAGGAGGCUCAAGGUUAUAAUUUACGACCUAGCGUGGAGCUUCUCGUCGUGGCAUUAAUUGCGUUGGCAAAUCAACUAAGCCUUCAUAUUCUAGACUUAUUCGAUAGUCUUAAAUACCGUCUGAUACCUUCCACUGUCAUUGGUUUAUACACAUUAGCCUUUUGCUUCCAUUUGGUGAUUCAGGGUCGUAUUUUCUACGUUCCAUUUUCGAUUAUGAUGGGAUAUUUGCCUCAUAUGAUCAGCUUCGCUAUAAUUUGCCUUAGCGGUUUUGUCUAUUUACUAGCGGGUAUAGUCAGAGGCUCGUUUAAAGAUCUCACAAUUACCAUGGUUUUUGACAAUCUCAGCUCAAUCAAUGUAACACUUUCGGAUGACUUCUAUACGGCAUUACUGACGGUUGGCUCGUUUGUUGUAAAUGCAUCGGGCAAACAGAGCUAUGUUCUUGAGGCCCCUUCUGUGAAACUACCCAGAGAGAACUAUUUAGAGAUGCGGGAAAGGCUACCGAUCUGUGGAUACGGCAUUAAUGUUUCUACGUACCCUGGAAUGAUUCAAGGGACAUAUGAUAUUGAUAGUGAGAACGGUAAAGCUUGGGUCGUUACGAGGAGAUUGAAGGGCCUCAAGAGACUUGCGACGGAGUUUAUUGGUGCUAUUAGAGGUAACGUGCUAGAAAAAACGCCGGCAGGAGUUGGCGAGGUUCAGCCCGAGACCACAGAGAACAGCGUAGAGACUCAGAUAACUGAUUUGAAUGCACUUAGCAACGAUGAGAUCGAAGAGAAGUAUUUGGAAUUGCUUUUAAAAAAACAAAUAGGCGAUACGGAUACUUCUCCGGAUUACCAGCCAAGCGAUGUUGUUGACGUUGACAUCAUCGAUAAAGACGACAUUGGAGAAGAAGAAAUAAAUACCAACGCACUCGGUGAAUUAAUGAAUGCUGACGAAUUCCAAUCGAUCAUCAAACCAUCAAGUGCACAACAACUCUUAGAGAAUAGGAUUCUUGCCUAUCAUAUGGAAAACUACGAUAAACCGGUAACGCAGCUGACAAGAUCAUACUUUGCUAAUUACUACGAUGAAGAGAUGAAAUUAAUGGAUCUAAUACGGGAAAAGAGACUCGGCAAAGUCGUCGCGACGAAUUGUUCAGCAGACGGAGAAUGCGACGUCGGCGCAAACGCAAACGCAACUGACACUGACACUGACGCUCUUGGAACAUGUGUGAUAUGUCACGAAAAUUCGAGACAGAUCAUACUCUGGCCCUGCAAGUGUCUUGCAAUCUGUGAGAGCUGCCGCGUGUCACUGUUUGUGCGGAAGUUUGACAAAUGCGUGUGCUGCCGAUCAGAAGUGAAAAGUUAUAGUAAAAUCUACGUUCCAUAG